UAUGAGGGGUGAUAUCUUGUUGUUCCUUUGUUGCGUAACUUAACCGUUAUUCAUAAAAAAUAAAUGUUUUGCAUCAUACAGAUUUUUCAUUUUACAUUAUUUGAGAAAUCCUUAUGUUUAUAUUUUUUUACUGACAAACAUUGAAGUGGGAUUUGCUUUAGACAAAUAUUCAUGGUAUUUGAACCUAAACUUGAUUUUGAAAAUGACUCUUUAUAAUAAUAGUAACAAUCCUGGUCCCUUUUAAAAGUUGGAUAUUUUGAGCAGUAAACAAGAAACGUUACCGAGCACAAGAAAUGGAUAUGCUUAGACAAGGGUCGCCAUAGGCAUGAUUUGGAUAGCACCAUAUAAGAAAAUGAAUUUAAUUGUGCUAGUGUUAUUCCCUGCAUUCGUUUUUGAAACUGUUUUCCCUCAUAACAAUAUGUAUGAAAGGUCGUUGUUGACGAUGGGCUCUUCCCAACGCUCUGUUGCUAGAUUAGACGGGGAUAUAAUUAUCGGAGCCCUUUUCUCCGUCCAUCACCAACCUCCAGCAGAAAAAGUUCCAGAGAGGAAAUGUGGGGAAGUCAGAGAGCAAUACGGCAUCCAAAGGGUGGAAGCCAUGUUCCAUACAUUGGACAGGAUCAAUUCUGACCCUACCCUUCUGCCAAACAUCACCCUGGGUUGUGAGAUCAGAGACUCUUGCUGGCACUCUUCAGUGGCUCUGGAACAAAGUAUUGAAUUCAUAAGGGACUCCCUUAUCUCAAUUCGGGAUGAAAACGAUGGAUCCAGGUGGUGUCUUGAUGGGUCAACCUCAUACCUCCCCCCAAAAAAGAAGAAGCCCAUUGCUGGAGUCAUUGGGCCAGGCUCUAGUUCCGUGGCUAUCCAAGUCCAGAAUCUACUGCAGCUCUUCAACAUUCCUCAGAUUGCUUACUCUGCAACCAGUAUUGACCUGAGUGAUAAAACCCUCUUCCAGUACUUCUUAAGGGUUGUGCCCUCUGAUACUCUUCAGGCACGGGCUAUACUGGACAUUGUCAAACGCUACAAUUGGACCUAUGUGUCUGCAGUCCACACUGAAGGAAACUAUGGGGAGAGUGGAAUGGAAGUUUUCAAGGAGCUUGCUACCCAGGAUGGUCUAUGCAUCGCCUACUCCGAUAAAAUCUACAGCAAUGCUGGAGAGAAGCACUUUGACAGACUUCUGCGGAAGCUGAGGGAGAGGUUACCCAAGGCCAGAGUCGUCGUGUGUUUCUGUGAAGGAAUGACAGUCAGAGGGCUGCUGAUGGCCAUGAGGAGGCUGGGGGUGGCUGGAGAGUUUCUUUUAAUUGGGAGUGAUGGCUGGGCAGACAGGGAUGAAGUGGUUGAAGGCUACGAGCAGGAGGCUGUGGGUGGUAUCACAAUGAAGUUAAAGUCACCAGAGGUCAUGUCCUUUGAUGACUACUUCCUGAAGCUGCGACUUGACACAAACACCCGAAAUCCCUGGUUUGCUGAAUUCUGGCAGUACCGUUUUCAGUGCCGCAUCCCGGGAAACCCAAUGGAAAACCAACAUUACAGAAAGAUUUGCACAGGCAAUGAGAGUUUAGAAGAAAACUAUGUACAGGACAGCAAGAUGGGAUUUGUUAUUAAUGCCAUUUACGCUAUGGCUCACGGCCUGCAUGACAUGCAACAGAGUCUCUGCCCAGGUCACACAGGACUGUGUGAAGCUAUGAAUCCCAUUGAUGGCAGCAAGCUGUUGGGAUUUCUGUUGAAGACUUCAUUCUUUGGUGUUUCUGAAGAGGAGAUUUAUUUUGAUGAAAACGGAGACACUCCCGGCAGGUAUGAAAUCAUGAAUCUUCAAAACGUGGAACCUGGCCGGUUCGACUAUAUGAAUGUCGGCUCCUGGCAUGAGGGGAUCCUGAAUAUUGACGACUACCGGAUUCAGAUGAACAGGAGUGGGAUAGUGCGCUCUGUGUGCAGUGAACCCUGCUUAAAAGGACAGAUAAAGGUGAUCCGAAAGGGAGAGGUGAGCUGCUGUUGGAUUUGCACUGCUUGUAAGGAAAAUGAAUUUGUACAAGAUGAGUUUACCUGUAAGGCCUGCGACCUGGGAUGGUGGCCAAACGAGGAGCUGACAGGCUGUGAAGGAAUUGUUGUCAGGCACCUCGAGUGGAGUACGACAGAGUCCAUAGUGGCAGUGGUUUUCUCGUGUCUGGGAAUAUUGGUCACGAUGUUCGUCACCUUUAUCUUUGUGCUGUACAGAGACACUCCGGUGGUCAAAUCCUCCAGCCGGGAGCUUUGUUACAUCAUACUGGCAGGGAUUUUCAUGGGCUACAUCUGUCCCUUCAUACUGAUUGCGAGGCCCACUGUGGGAUCCUGCUACCUUCAGCGACUCCUGGUGGGACUCUCCUCAUCCAUGUGCUACUCAGCUCUGGUGACCAAAACCAACAGAAUCGCCCGGAUCCUGGCAGGCAGCAAGAAAAAGAUCUGCACCAGAAAACCAAGGUUCAUGAGCGCUUGGGCUCAAGUCGUCAUUGCGUCUCUCCUAGUCAGUGUGCAGCUUAUGCUGGAGGUGACCCUUGUCAUCAUGGAGCCUCCCAUGCCAGUCCUGUCUUACCCCAGCAUCAAGGAAGUCUUCUUGAUCUGUAACACCAGCAACUUGGGAAUGGUGGCCCCUCUGGGAUACAACGGGUUGCUCAUCAUGAGCUGCACUUACUAUGCUUUCAAGACCAGAAAUGUCCCUGCCAACUUUAAUGAGGCCAAAUACAUAGCUUUCACCAUGUACACCACCUGCAUCAUAUGGCUGGCCUUUGUGCCUAUAUAUUUUGGCAGCAACUACAAAAUUAUCACCACCUGUUUCUCUGUGAGCCUGAGCGUGACAGUGGCACUGGGGUGCAUGUUCACUCCCAAGAUGUACAUUAUCAUUGCCAAGCCAGAGCGGAACGUCCGCAGUGCGUUCACCACCUCCGAUGUUGUGCGCAUGCACGUGGGUGAUGGAAAAAAUGCCUGUAGGAACAAUGGUUUACUUAAUAUGUUCAGGAGGAAGAAAAACAUUACUGGAAAUACUAAUUCUAAUGGAAAGUCUGUGUCAUGGUCUGAACCAGGUGCAAGACAGCCACCAAAGGGGGAGCACAUGUGGCACAGGCUGUCGGUCCAUGUGAAGAAACAGGAGGCAGGAUCGAAUCAGAUGGCAGUCAUCAAACCCCUAACUAAAACCUACCAGAACAAGAGCCUCAACUUCUCGGACAUGAGCACCAAGACCUUGUACAAUGUGGCCGAAGAAGAUGAGAGCAACCCUGUCAGGUACACCAGGCCCAACAGCCCUUCCAUGAUGUUGCACAGGCGAAUUCCCUCCAUGGGGUCACUAAAGGAAGGGGAACAACCCCAGCUGUACACACCAGAGCAUAUGCAGAAUACCUUCCUUCCCCAGCAGGUCAUCAUGGACCAACUUGUCAGCAAGUACACCACAAGCAUCCCGGACCUCAACUCCAUGAUUACCCUUCCAGGCCCCGGGAAUGGAGAGAGGCCUAUCUACCAGCCCCACCUCAUGCAACAGCAGGUCUUUCCUCUUCAGAUGACUACCUUCAGUGAGGAGCCAGUUUCCCCAGUUGAGGAGAUGGAGAGUGAGCAUUUCAACCUGAUUCAAGGCUACAUGUAUGACAACUCAGAGAUACGUGAGGAGGAGGAGGAGGAGGAGGAGGAGGAGGAGGAGGGAGGGGAGGAAAUGGCGCAAAGCAAACUGACACUGGAUGACUCCCCUGCCCUGACACCCCCCUCCCCUUUCAGAGAUUCGAUGGGCUCUGGCAGCACGGUUCCAAGCUCCCCCGUGUCUGAGUCAGUGCUUUGCACACCUCCAAAUGUGACAUACGCAGCCGUCAUUCUAAGGGACUAUAAGCAAAGCUCUUCUACACUUUAAGACAGUGCAGCAAAAAUGGGACAAAAUAAAUAUAAGCCAAUUCAGAUCCUUUUGAGUGAAUAAGGCCGAAGCUAAAAAUAAGGCAAACAAACCGAUGAUUAACAUUUUUAAAGGUCUGUUUAUGCCAUUUUACUUUGGUAGAUUUAAAAAUAAAUAAGAAAAAAAACUUUAAUAGCUUAUGUAACAAUAAAGGACAAAGCACAAAAUAAAUCAUAUAAUGAUGUGUACAGUUUUUCUUUUUUCUUUUUUUUUUUUUUUUACAAUAUUAAAGAGCGUACAUCAAUCCUUUUCAAUCUGAUGCCCCUGGAGAAAAUGCAAACUGAAAUUGGAAGAGACUGUGUGUGCGGUGAAAGCAGGCAGCAGAAAGUACUGGGGAGUGACAAAAGACAAGUCUCUAUAUAGCUGCAACCUUGAACAGAGGCGAAAUAUCAAACACCAGUGGCAGAGCUAAAAGAAGAACAGAAUGGAUAUCUAUAUACAUACAUGCAAGGGCUGUUUUCUUUAAGCUCAUGAAAAGAAGUAAGACAGUCUUAUUUUCAGCAGUUUGAAAUUGUGGCCUCAUAAUAUACAAUCUGAAAAAUACAGCUAUAGAAAGGAAGGUCAAACGUGCCUUUGUGCAGAAUUUAUUGAAAACAUCAUUAAAAUGUUAAAACCAUCUUAAUUUAGUUUCCAUCUUCCAGUGCAUGUUUGGAAUGAGAUGAAAGAGGUGGGGUUAGUAACUAGAAAAGGUUUGGAUAUAGUUCCAGUGAUAUACCAGAGAUAUGAUUAAAUAAAUGACCUCUAAUUGUAGAGCAGAUUACUCAGUAAAAUCUUUUGCAUCAAGGAGAUGAUUCUAUUUUCAAGGAUUCCAAGAUAAGUAGGGGAAAAAAAAAAUCUUUACCCCCUGUAAAAUGUAAAAUAAAUCUCCCUAUUCCCUGUUGUUCUAGCACCUGUUGUACCACUGUACUUGUGAGAUGGCCUUUCUAGCUUUUCAGAGAUACUAAUAUACUUUGUAAGAAUAGAGGGAUAGCGUAUGCCUCACUCCUUCAUCACCUGUCCCAAUAUGUAUUGGAGGAUUGAAUAUGCUGCACAUGACACCCAGUACAGAGCUUGAACUGUGACUGUUUUCUAAUAAAAAAAGAAAGAAAAAAAAGAUGUCAUAAUAAUAUUGUAUGUAAUACCAGGA